UUCCAGGAUAAUAAACAACUCCAAAAGUCUAAUAUUUUGUGGCCGAUUUGGUUCCUAAUUCUGGUCGGCAGACGAUAUUUGCCAGUUAGAAAGAAAUGGCUGCCUAUAAUAAAGUUGUUUCUGAUCUCCAUGCAUCUUUUGCAACAGGGAAAACCAAAACAAAAGAAUGGCGAAUGGCUCAGUUGUUGGCCCUUUUGAAUUUCAUCGAGAAGGAAAGUGAUGGCAUUGCAGAAGCACUAGCUAAAGAUCUAUCCAAACCAUUUUUAGAGUCAAUCGUGUUUGAGUGUGAUACAGUUAGGAAUGAAAUAGUUGAAGCCCUCGAUAAGCUAGAUGAGUGGAUGGGGAAAAAAAAGGCCGAGAAAAACCUCCUGACUUUACUCGACAGUGCAUUUGUAAUGUCAGAGCCACUGGGGGUUGUGCUAAUUAUAGGAGCCUGGAAUUACCCAUUCCAACUCACCCUGGGACCUCUAGUUGGAGCUAUUGCUGCUGGCAAUUGUGCUAUUGUAAAGCCAUCAGAGAUCAGCAUUAGUUCUUCUCAGUUUAUGGAAAAGAAACUUCUAGAAUAUUUAGACCCAGAAUGCAUUAAAAUCAUAACCGGCGGAGUUCCGGAAACGACGAGCCUACUGACGAACCGCUUCGACCACAUUUUCUACACCGGGAGUACCGCAGUCGGAAAAAUCAUCUACAAGGCAGCUGCUGAACAUUUGACACCCGUCACUCUCGAAUUAGGCGGCAAAAGUCCAGCAAUUAUAGAUAACACGAGUGACCUUGCCAUAGUGGCCAGGAGGAUGAUGUGGGGCAAGUUGUGCAACUCCGGCCAGACCUGCAUAUCGCCUGAUUACGUUCUAUGCACCAAAGAAAAUUUGAAUUUCCUAAUAGAAGAAUGUAAGUCAGCUAUAUACGAAUUCCACAAUGGUGAUAGCAAGAGGACCCCACAUUUCAGCAGAAUCAUCAAUAAGCAUCACUUUCAACGUCUGAAACAGAUGCUAGACAAGACGGAAGGCACGGUCGCCUACGGAGGCACCAUAGACGAAGACAGCCUCUACAUCUCUCCUACGCUUCUCGUCAACGUCAAGGAAAGCGAUUGCGUCAUGCAGGAAGAGAUAUUUGGUCCAAUAAUGCCUUUCUUGACUGUAAGCGAUAUGGAUGAAGCCAUUGAGUUUGUUAACAAGAGACCAAAGCCCUUGGUUAUCUACUUAUUCACAAAGGACAAUCAGCUGAUCAAGCAGGUUUCCAGGGAAACACUCAGCGGUGCCAUGGUGACCAAUGACGUCUUCAUGAACAUGUCACUAACGUCCUUGCCAUUUGGAGGCGUGGGGGAUAGCGGGAUAGGUUCGUCACACGGAAUUUAUGCUUUCCAAGCAUUCUCCCAUAUGAGGGCGCAUUUCGUGAAGAAACAAAACAUGGAGUUUAUGAACCAAUUCCGCUAUCCGCCAUACAAUGACAAGAACCUGAAAAUAAUCCGAUGGGCCCUGGAGAGGACACCGCACUGUCAGAGGAAUCCAAUCUUGCUCGCACUUCCCUACAUUGCCCUAGCUAUCUUGUUCGCCAUCUUGUUCAAAUUGCUGCACUCCUUGAUUUUCUAAACCUCAAGAACUCUUGUGGACGACAACGGCAUGUUAUUAAUUGUAUAAAAAUGAUUAAUUCAAUCAAUUCGAUGGUUAAUUAAUUAAUUAGCAACAACAUUCUAUUAAUUGUAUAGUAAUUGAAAUGCCUAUUAAACAAUUAGUUGAACUUUAAAAACGAUGCACACAUGGAUCAUCAUACAUAACAUUACUUGAUGUGUCAACUCAUCUGUAGUAAUAUUAAUACACGGUUUAACCAUUAAAUGGCUAAUUAAUUAAUUAGCUAGAUUAAUAUUGAAAUGUUUGUUCAAUUAAACGACCAACAUUUUCCUGAUUAUUAUUUGAUUUCAUUUUUCACACACUCACGCACACGUACUUAUGUAUACGCGCAUAUACACACACAUGUGCAUGCACAUACAACUGUACACACACACAUAUCAGUACAUCUUUAAAACAUACAUGAACAACUUAGCGUAACAUUACCGCAUAAGCAAACGCAAGAUACAUCAUUGUAAUGUUCGCUUGGCUCGUUGUGAUAUAGUUCUUCUUCGAGUUAUAAAUUUUUUUUAAUGACAAAAAAUUUCAGUAUAACAGUGAUGAUAAUUUUAGUUCAAUUCGUGAAAAAUCAUUUUCUAAAGUCAAUCAUUAUUUGAAGCGAUGCUUCAUUCAGAUUUUUAAUUUUUGGAUUGAAUGUUACGCAUUACGG